AUGCAUGCAAACAAGGCUUCUCCAGCCACUGAGAAGGACGGACGUAACAUCUCCGUGGACAUGUACCCCUUCAUACGCAAGUACAAGGACGGCAGCAUCGAGCGUUUCUUACGCAGUCCUUUCGUGCUGGCGUCGUCGGAUCAGGCCGGCAACCGUGGAGUGGCGACGAGGGACGUCGUCGUCGACAAGGCCACGGGCGUGUCUGUGCGCCUGUUCCUCCCGUCCCGUGCCGCCGAGACCGCAGGCAGGAAUGAGCUUCCCCUCGUCAUCUACGUCCAUGGCGGCUCGUUCUGCACAGAGAGCGCUUUCGGCCGCCGGACGUACCACCGCUACGUGACCUCCCUCGCCGCCAGCGCCGGAGCCCUCGUCGUGUCGGUGGAGUACCGUCUAGCUCCGGAGUUCCCCAUACCUGCGGCCUACGACGACGCGUGGGCCGCGCUCCAGUGGGCGGCGUCCUUGUCCGACCCGUGGCUGGCCAGCUACGUCGACCCUGCGCGCACGUUCCUGGCUGGCGACAGCGCCGGCGGCAAUAUCGUUUACCACACGGCAGUCCGCGCCAGCCACGAAGUCAACGACGAGAUGAUGGACAUUGCGGGGCUGAUCAUGGUGCACCCUUACUUCUGGGGAGCCAAGCGGCUGCCCUCGGAGCUCGCGUGGGUGGACGACAGCGAGGGUGCCGCGGCGGUGUUCCCACCGUACGGGGUGGACCGGCUGUGGCCGUUCGUCACGGCCGGCCAGGCCGGCAACGACGACUCCCGGAUCGAUCCUCCGGCCUCGGAGAUCUCAUCGCUGGCUUGCCGCCGCGUGCUCAUCGCCGUGGCUGGGAAGGACACACUGCGGGACCGCGGUCUUGACCUGUCGGACCGCAUCCGUGAUCACGCCUCGCCGCGGCCAUGGAUGAUGCAGGGGCGCCGCGAGGUGACGGUGGUGGAGUCGGAGGGCGAGGACCACGGCUUCCACCUCUACAGUCCGCUGAGGACCACCAGCAAGAGGCUCAUGGGGAGCAUCGUGGAGUUCAUAAACCAGCAGCCCAACUCGUCGCCUGCUAAUCGUAUGGUGCUUGGCGUGCCCACGACGCCGUUCAAGGACGUGUUUGGGUAUGGCAUGGCCAUGAAGUCCUGGGGCACACGGUCCAGUAUGCCACGUAACGGUGCUACUUACAUGAAAAUUGGAAGGGUUGGGCCAUCCAACAAAAUCUCAGUUCGACUGCCGAUGCCUGCUGCGGUUCUGUGGACUCGUGUGAUCAACAACUUUUUCUAG